UGCUGGGAUUACAGGUGUGAGCCACCAUGCCCGGCCGAUGGCAUGUUAUUACACUCUUGUUGGGGGAAACAUAUCCAGGCAAACAUAAUAAUUGCAAAAUUAUAUACAUGAGGAAACUAAAAAGGGGAUCAGAUAGAGAAAUAGGAAGGAACUACUUUACACAGAGUUAGGAAGUAAUAAAUAAGUGAUACUUAAGCUGAGAACUAAAGGUUGGGGUGCAGACAGGAUGGCCACCAAAAAGGGGAUGAAGGUAGAGCCAGAGAUGAAGUUGGCAAUUGGAAGUGGAAGACAUCAAAGAAAGUAGGUGACUAAGGAUGAAGUCAGUUAGGGGAGGAAUCUGGUCGUGAAGAGAUGAGAAUUAGGGAGACAAACAUUUUAAAGGACUAGCAACUAUUUGUGUUGAGAGAGCUUCGGAUUGAAUCUCUGUAACUGGGCUAAUUAAGGUAGGGGAACCAGAAAAGAGGCAACACCCUCCCUGGAUACUUUGGGAAUAAAAGAGACCUCUAACUUAAUUUGAAAGAGGCAUAUCCUUGCCCAUAGGCAAAAUGGAUGAGAAGGCUUGGAUAGAGCCAUACUGUGCCUGUAGUGAAGUCUCUUCCAUGUUUUUUGUUGCUUUGGCAAAAUGGAAACUUUCAAAAUAAAGAUGACAUUAAAGGGGCUCAGCCAGCUGGCUCUGAGCUGGCAUAAGAGAGAGCAAACCUACCAAGGGCUCAGAGCUUGGGGUGGGCAGGAAAUUGGGCUUGAAGACCCUCCUUCUGAACUUUGUGCUCCUUUUUCAUCCUCAUCACUUCUGCUUCCCUCCUGCAAAAAGCCCACCUCUGCCCAUCCUGGGUCCUAUGACUUUUCUCUCCCUCAACAGUCGGUUCCCGAUUCUGGUCCCCGGCCCCCAGCAGCGCCUGCCCCCUUCCCACCGGGGCCCCCCAUGAUGCCACCACCCUUCAUGCCCCCUCCAGGGAUCCCCCCACCCUUUCCUCCAAUGGGGCUACCCCCCUUGAGUCAGAGACCACCAGCCAUCCCUCCCAUGCCACCUGGCAUCCUGCCCCCAAUGCUUCCACCAAUGGGGGCGCCACCACCACUCACACAGAUACCAGGAAUGGUUCCUCCGAUGAUGCCAGGAAUGCUGAUGCCGGCGGUGCCCGUUACCGCAGCGACGGCUCCGGGUGCGGACACCGCCAGCUCUGCUGUGGCUGGGACAGGCCCUCCGAGGGCCCUAUGGAGUGAGCAUGUGGCCCCAGAUGGGCGCAUCUACUACUACAAUGCUGACGACAAGCAGUCCGUGUGGGAGAAGCCCAGCGUGCUCAAGUCCAAGGCAGAGCUGCUCCUGUCCCAGUGUCCCUGGAAAGAGUACAAGUCAGACACAGGAAAACCUUACUACUAUAACAACCAGAGUAAAGAGUCUCGCUGGACCCGGCCCAAGGAUCUGGAUGACCUGGAGGUUCUAGUCAAGCAAGAGGCUGCAGGGAAACAGCAGCAGCAGCUGCCACAGACACUUCAACCACAGCCGCCUCAGCCACAGCCUGACCCCCCACCUGUACCUCCUGGCCCCACCCCAGUGCCCACAGGCCUCCUGGAACCUGAGCCAGGUGGGAGUGGAGAUUGUGAUGUGUCGGAGGCUACCCAGCCCCUGGAACAGGGGUUCCUGCAGCAGCUGGAGGAGGGCCCCAGUAGUUCUGCUGGACAGCAUCAGCCACCACAGCAGGAGGAGGAGGAAUCAAAGCCAGAACCAGAGAGGUGUAGUCUCAGUUGGAGCAACCGGGAGAAGGCAAAGCAGGCUUUCAAGGAACUGCUGAGGGACAAGGCUGUCCCUUCCAAUGCCUCAUGGGAACAGGCCAUGAAGAUGGUGGUCACUGACCCCCGUUACAGUGCCUUGCCCAAACUCAGUGAGAAAAAGCAGGCAUUCAAUGCCUACAAGGCGCAGCGGGAGAAGGAGGAGAAGGAGGAGGCCCGGCUAAGGGCUAAGGAGGCCAAGCAGACCCUGCAGCAUUUCCUGGAGCAGCAUGAACGCAUGACCUCCACCACCCGCUACCGGCGGGCAGAACAGACCUUUGGGGAACUGGAGGUCUGGGCUGUGGUCCCUGAGAGGGAUCGAAAAGAGGUUUAUGAUGAUGUCCUCUUCUUCCUGGCCAAGAAGGAGAAGGAACAGGCCAAGCAGCUCCGGCGCCGCAACAUCCAGGCCCUAAAGAGCAUCCUGGAUGGGAUGAGUAGUGUCAACUUCCAAACCACAUGGUCCCAGGCCCAGCAGUACCUCAUGGAUAAUCCCAGCUUUGCUCAGGACCAUCAGCUGCAGAACAUGGACAAGGAAGAUGCACUGAUCUGUUUUGAGGAGCACAUCCGAGCUUUGGAGAGGGAGGAGGAGGAAGAACGGGAGCGGGCCCGGCUUCGGGAGCGACGCCAGCAACGCAAGAAUCGGGAGGCCUUCCAGACCUUCCUGGACGAGCUACAUGAGACAGGGCAGCUACACUCUAUGUCUACCUGGAUGGAGCUGUAUCCAGCAGUCAGCACUGAUGUCCGCUUUGCCAACAUGCUGGGCCAGCCGGGCUCCACCCCUCUGGACUUGUUCAAGUUCUAUGUGGAGGAGUUGAAGGCACGAUUCCAUGAUGAAAAGAAGAUCAUUAAAGACAUCCUUAAGGACCGGGGCUUCUGCGUAGAGGUGAACACAGCCUUUGAGGACUUCGCCCACGUCAUAAGCUUUGACAAGAGGGCUGCCGCGCUGGACGCAGGCAACAUCAAGCUGACCUUCAAUAGUCUGCUGGAGAAAGCAGAGGCACGGGAGAGGGAGCGGGAGAAGGAGGAGGCACGCAGGAUGCGGCGCAGGGAAGCUGCCUUUCGAAGCAUGCUGAGGCAGGCUGUGCCUGCUCUGGAGCUAGGCACUGCCUGGGAAGAGGUCCGUGAGCGUUUUGUGUGUGACUCAGCCUUUGAGCAGAUCACCCUGGAGUCGGAGAGGAUCCGGCUCUUCCGAGAAUUCCUACAGGUGCUGGAGCAGACUGAAUGCCAGCACCUCCACACCAAAGGCCGAAAGCAUGGCAGGAAAGGCAAGAAGCACCAUCACAAGCGUUCCCACUCACCAUCGGGCUCUGAGUCAGAAGAAGAGGAGCUGCCCCCACCAUCUCUCCGGCCCCCUAAGCGGAGAAGGCGGAACCCCUCAGAGUCAGGCUCUGAGCCCUCUUCCUCACUUGAUUCAGUUGAAAGUGGGGGUGCUGCCCUUGGAGGACGGGGUUCCCCUUCCUCCCACCUUCUUGGAACAGGCAAGAACCUGAAGAAGGAAAACUGGACCAACUUAGACUUCCUCAGAGCACGAGAUCAUGGCCUUCGGAAAGCCAAGAAACCAAAAAAGAAAACUAAGAAGAGAAGGCACAAGUCGAAUAGUCCUGAGAGUGAGACAGACCCCGAGGAGAAAGCUGGCAAGGAGAGCGAUGAGAAAGAACAAGAACAGGACAAGGACAGGGAGCUCCGGCAGGCAGAGCUCCCUAACCGUUCCCCAGGCUUUGGAAUCAAGAAGGAGAAGACAGGCUGGGACACGUCGGAAAGUGAGCUGAGUGAGGGUGAGCUGGAGAGGCGGCGGCGGACACUCCUACAGCAGCUGGAUGAUCACCAGUGACCCGAUGAGCUGCUCUCUGCCUUGGGUCUGUGUGAGGCUGUGGCUCCUGGGCCACCCUCACCAUCUGCCUCAGACUUCUUCCUUAGUCUGGUCUGUGUCCACUUUUUCUAAAGUAACCCCACCCCCAGCACACCAUUGCUGGCACCUCUCAAGGUUGCUUUUGGUGUUCAAGAGUCCCCUACUCCCCGGACUAGUGCAGUCCUUGCCCUCAGCCCCAGACCAGAGAUGGGUGGUAGUAUAUGCCAUGUGGGGUGGGUGAUGCCAGUAGAUAAAGUGUGAGAGAAGGGGUCUCUAGAGAAGAGUGACAGGCUGGUGGACACAGCCUGGGUGGCAGAGGGCAGGGUCUUCACCCUCUAGCAUCUGUGCCUGCUCCUGCCUGCCCUGAGGCUCCACCACUUCUUCCUCCACCUAGGACCUAAUGUACGUGUGUUUUGUUUUUGUUUUUUAAAUAACAAUAUUAUUUAUAACAUGG